AUGAGGAAUUUGUUAUUCCGAGUUUUGUUUGUCGCCCUCUGUUCGACUUUUGUCCUCUGUGUUCCCGCUGAUGACUCUGAUUUUAUCGACGAGAAGGGAAAAGCUUUAAAGAACUUAAAAGGUGAGGUUAAAAUUAUCAUUCCCCCUCAUUUGAAUUGGACUACAUUUACAAGUAAAUUCAAGGCUACAAACCAUUCUCCUACCGAGUCCAUUUUACCUGUCGACUCAGGGAAGUUCAUUUGAGACGUUGAUGUCACAUAGUGAAUUGGUUGAUGAUCUGCUGCGUGCUGUUUAACACAAAUUAACUCAAUCCCUAAAAAGUAUUAUGUAAGCCCUCAGCAGUGAACAAUUCAUACUUCAGAUCAGCAAAACCUUAGAUCUAUUGUUGCUGUUCUGUCUAGUCAUGAGGUCAAAUUUAAACAAACAACGCAACUCUCUGUCAGAUGCAUUAUUAAGUCAAAAUCUCAACUUUGAAUAUCAACACAAAAUUAUUGGAAAAAGAAUAUUUCAGUGUAGUAAAUAUUUGAGACACUUCAGUUUUAAAGUCAGUUGUCAGUUUGAAAAGGGCAUAGCACUUAUAGUCUUAUCGCAUGAGUUCACGCAUUCACACCUUGGAGAAAUGCAACUCUUGAAGGGUGUUUCUAGACCCAAUAAAAUAUAGGGAAAUAGAGAAAUAAGGGUAGGACUUCCAGCAAAGUUUAAGUAGUAUCAAUAUCUAGCCGAAGAUAGACGUAAUGAGUUUCAGUACAUUCAUACCGAAACCAUAAUAUAUUUUGUUUAAAAGAGUUGACUAUUCUGUCAAGAUGUUAUUGACUUAAAUAAAUAUUCAGUUAUUCUAAGAUGCAAUCCCCAAUAACAAUAAUAAUGAUAGAAAUAGAAAUAAUAGUGAUAUUAAUGAGAAAAGGAAUAAUAAUUUUGAAGUAGAGGUGCUUGCUUUGAUUGCUACUUGGAUGUUGUUUUCCGCGUUUGUUUGCUUGUGUUUUUUAUUGUUAUUAUUUUUUUUUUUUUGCUGUUGGUUUUGCUGCUGUUUCUGCUGUUGUUGUGGUUGUUGUUUUUCGUUCACUCUCUACGGCAAGGACGAUUUGCCGAUCAGUUACACAGCAAAUUGCUUGGCAAAUAAUAAUAAUGACCCUGAAAAUAACCUCCAAAGACAGGCAGUGGACAUUUCUAACAGUUUUGAGUAUCAAGGCUUUUGCAACUAGUCUAUUCAGCUUAAGUGAUUUUUUUUGGCCCAGGCACAGAUUGCAUCCAUAAAACGAAGGACUGAUUUGGCUUUUAUUGCCAUUUUUCAGUUGUACCGGGAAGCAAACGAGACAAAACAGAUUAUCACACAGUUGAACAAGAAGCCGGCAGAGCUGUGCUUAAGUUGCUAGAUGCUAAAAUAGGUAGGUACAAAUUUAUUUGGAUUAAACUAUCUGCUUGUAUGCGUUAUCAGACGGUGAGAGCUUAUCGGUCUGGAGACCAAGGAAGAUUGAAGAUUGUCUGGUCUUUGGAACAGCAGAUAUACAAUUUGUGGUUUUAGUGAGAUUACAACUGCAGUUGUUGGUUGAAAGUAGAAUUGCUGUUCCUGCCCCCCUCUCCCCGUACCAUAUUGAUAACACUAUUGCGUGACUGUAUAAUUAUCUAGAUUGCCUAAUGUAACAAACUCGAAACAUUCUCCUUUCGACAUUUAUUGAAAGCGAUGUUGACAUUGUUUGCCCCCCCCUAUUCAACACUGUUUCGACAUCUCGUAACAACAAGCAACAAGUUGACAACUGGUUCAACCCCGAUUAAAUUAAGUUAAUCUCUAAGGAGAAGAAACGCUCAAAUAAAGCUAAUGUUUUAGAUUCCGUCGCGAAAUUUUUAUAAGGUGAAGGAGUCUAAGGGUUCGUCAGGUGAUUUAGGAUGGCGAUAAGAACGUGACAAAACGUUCCAGAGGAGCCCGGGAGCUCGUAUCUGCUAUCUCUAUUAAGCGUUAGAUUGGGGGGUGGCAGUAUAUGUCAAUCCCUCCCCUACUCGUUUCUUGAGAGUGUCACCUUCCUUUGCAAUGACCAAAGGCGAUGAAAUUUCAAGGCGAUGUCCCAUACUCUUCUAGUGCCGUUUAAAAGUCGUUUUAAACUUUGGCUUAACACCGUCUCAACAGUUCUUUCCUUUUUGAAAUGUUGAAGCUGUUUAAUCCUUUCUAUCAACUUUGAUGAGUGAUAUCGUUUAACACGACGUGGUCUUCACGUGUCUCAACAUUCUCCAAAGAAGUCUUGAGACAAUACUGAGACCGUUGUACUGUGAUUGAUUGUACUUACUUUUGUUUUCGUAGGGAGGAAGGUUAGUGACGCUGCCAAGGAGGUGACUGAUUUUCUGAACGACGCAGUCGGUACGUUGGACAGAAUAGAGGAUAGCACUUUUCUCCCAACUCAUGAGUAAAAUUCUCUACCUUCUAUAUUAAACAUGUAAUGAAAGCAUGGUAGAAAAGAUUACGAUGAACUCCGAAUGUCAUAUCAUUUUAAACUGUAACAAUGUAAAUGGCAUACACGAUACGGUGUUGGAGACAUACCGCAUAUUCUUUAACACGAUACAAUUUAAGUUUAGUUGUACACUUGAGCCCGCGAUACAGUCAGGUGACAAUGGUAAGCGGAUACCCUUUUUGACAGCUGUCAAUUUACCAUAACAUGGAUGUCCAUAAGGAUGUCCACUAUCACGUUAAACACAGAUUGUAUAUGACUUGGACACCUAGCCACUAUUGCCCGGUCCUUACAAGAGAAUUAUUACAAGGAAACAGCCAAUGAGAGCGCGCGUUCUAUUAUAGCCGUAUAAUAAACUCUAAUUCAAUUUUUGUUUUAAAGGUCAUCAUGCGAAGCAAAGGGCCGAAAAGAUACAAGCCGACAAAGAGAAAGGUAAGAGAGGACAUUAAAAAUGGAAAUAACUUCAUAUUCAUACUUCACGUUCCCUAAGUCAUGUCAACGAUUGCGAAAAAUGUCUGGCGGUGAGCUAUCUUGGUUAAGACAUGAAAUAAUGAAUCAUACGAAUGGGUUGCAUUUGGCCACAAACUUAUCAAGCUGAAAUUUAAAUCCCGUUGGUUUCUCCACAGAAAUGUCAUUACUUCACCUCGGAGCAAAGAAAAUUCUAUCGAAUAACGACGAGGAAGACAAACCUAAAAAGAACAAGGACGGAUCUUUCCUGGUGCACUUUAAAAUCCCUUACAUUGUAACACCAGUUGACAGCAAGAAACCGAAGGCCAAAAAGUUUCACCAUAAAAAGGUCAAGAAAGUCCAUCACUUGAAGAAAUUUCAUCACCGUAUUCACAGACAUCAUCAUCACCAUCAUCAUCAUCAUCCGCCGGCGCUGGAUACUAACAGCCUUGCAGCCCCAGUGCCAUCACCACCCAACCCCCCACAGGCACCAGGUAGGUGUGAUAAACAAGAAAUAACCCCUUUGGGUUGUUUUGUGGCAGACUGUUGUUCCGCGUUAGCAUAAAACAGGAGAUAAAGUACAAAAAAUGCUCUAGGAAGCAUAUUAUGUCUCUUACAAGAUGUGGCCAAGCCAAUUUUAGAUAUUUUUAUCGUUGUUUACUCCUUCCUAUUUCACCCUAUGUAAGGUAAUCCAAGACAGUCUUGGAUUCUGGGCUCCACGCGAAGGAUUCCGGAUUCAAGGUACUGGAUUCUGGAUUCCUUGUCAGUGGAACUUGGAUUUCAGAUUUCCAUCGCUAGCAGGAUUCUGGAUUCCUUAAGCUAAAUUUCUCAUUUCAAAGCCCAGAAUUCCGGAUUCCACGAGAAAUAAAUUCCCGGAUUCCUGAUUCCACAAGCAAUCCUUUUCCAGUUUCCUAAAUCCGGAUUAUCUUACAUGGGGUGAUCUAUUGUGUUAUUAUAAUUAGCAAACACACAUUCCGUACAUACCAUCAAUUCCACCAGCAUCAUCACAUCACUUGGUAUCAUCACUAUUACCACUGUCAUCAAGUUGUGUCAUUUCUGUUAUAAAAUACAAAAGAGAAUCCAAAAUAGCGUUGCUCUCCUACACCAAAAAAUGUAGCAAAAUCUACAAUGUACAUGAAUGACUCCUUAAACCUUAAAAGACUGAAAAAUCAAGACUAACAAUAAGGCUGACAAAGUAGAAAAUGUGAACAUACCGGGAAUUAUAUUUAUAUUAGAAUUAUAUUGCUUUUUAAUUACAGUUUCCUUUUUUUUUCACGUAAUCGUUCGGUUGGUGGAUCGUUUCAACACUGUUGCAAUGAUGAAACAGUCUUAGAAUGAAGUAUUGGCAACGUGAGAAACUGUUUCAAAACGUCUUCUAGUUCCGAAGCAGGUAGCGAAAAGCGGAGAAAUGUAUAAAAAAAAGACUGAGAAAACUAUUGACGUUUACUGGUUCAAGUGCGCGCCUUCUCGAUCUCUAGAAUUUUAAACGGUCAAUUAAAGAACAACCUAUUUUGAUGAUGGUUAAGUAAAAACUAAGUUGAAACUAUUUUUUUCCAAGUUGAACAUUUGCACCAUAAACACUUCAACAGAACUCGUCACAUAAAGAAUCAUCACCAUCAUCAUAUCAAUUCUCAUCAUCACCCACAUCAUAAUGACCAUGCGCUAGAUGAUGACAGGCCUUCAUUUGAAUUAGAGCUGCCAGUCACCAACGAUUCACAGUCACGAGGUUAGUUUCGAUAAAAGGUUGACAAAGAAGAAAAGUAAUAAUCAAGGGGUAAUUAUUUGCAGAUGUAUCAACAUACAUACUCGUAAUAAAAAAGAAAACGCUCAGGUAUAGAAGCUUACACUCAUAGUUGUACAACGGGCGGGCUAACUAAUAUUCCAGUUACUAUUUCCCCCGUUAGAAAAUUGAACACUAUAAGUAUGUUAUGAAAGAAAAUUUUAACAGAUUUUGCGCAGGCAAGGUAUUUGUUGGCGAGAUUUAUGAGCAUUAGGUAGCGGCUCAAUAUUGAUUACGACUCAUAAUGAAGUUUGUUCGCCAGCUUUGAAAAUACCACCGAGCACCCAAUCACCGAUUAUGGUUUCCUACAAAAACAAUAUAGAAACAAAAGCUUACAGUUUUGCAAGAAAUUAAUCAUCUUUUUAUUGGAUAUAGCUGCUCAGCCUCAGGCCACCCCUCAAAGUUACAACGCCAUUGAUAUGACCUUUAAUGGAUACAACUGGACUUACAAGUUCACCAAUGAUAGCAGUAUGGAUAUGGUCCCUUGUCAAGGCAACUGCAUGGGCCCAUGUACAUCGCAAUGCUCCCUCAGUCAGGACUGUUGUUGCUGCGAUCCCAACAUGAUGGCACAAAAUCAAAUGGCUCCUGCCCCAGCAUACCCACCUGUAAGUCAAGGAAUAUCA